AUGGCUCAUUCUACAGAUGCUGAUUCUGAUUUUGUAUCAACAGCUGUUCCAAAUUCUUCAUCUUCACAGUCAGAGACAUCAGAGUUAGAGACAUCCACAACAGAGAGUGAUGAAUAUGAUGAUGAAUCAGAUGAAGAAAUCUAUGUAAAAAAGAGAACCGGUGAUAGAAAAUAUGUUGAAGGAGUGAUAAAUAUUAAAGAAGCAAAAAGGAAGAGGAAUAGUGGGGACAAUCGUGCAGCAAUAAAGAAACAAAAAACCGUGAAAGAGCAAAAGACUGUGAAAGAUAUAUUGAAGGAGUUGCCUUCAAUAAACACUAGAUCGACACCUGGAUUGAUGACAGAUGUUGUAAGUUCUUUGACAUCAGAACAAAAAGAUUGGGUGAAACGGAUGGGAUUUAAAGCAUUUUUGAAGAUCAACAUUAGGAGUAUUCCCUUAAAACUUUGUCAUUUUGUGCUUAAGCAUUAUGAUAAAGGCACAAACAGUAAUCUGAUUAAAGGAAAAAGAAUAAAGAUCACAAAGGAAAAAAUUCAUAAAGUGUUUGGUUUACCCAAAACUGGAAAAAGCUUAUUUGACUUGGACAAGCUAAUUUACUGUGAUGAAAUUGAAUACAAGCUCCAAAAAAUAGAACGUAAAACACCAUUAGUUACGAUGUGGACAGCAGAUAAGUUGAAGGAAAGACAAUCUUUUGAGAUUGAAGCUGGUGGAUUUGUGGUUGGGAAUCUAAUUGAACAAAGUUCAAAUUUAGAACGUGAGAAGAAUGAAAAUCAGGUGAAUGAGAAUCAGGACACACGUAUUGAGGAGUAUGAAAAAAAUUUCAACAAUGUCUCAACUGAAAAGAAUGAUAUGGAAGAUAUUAUUUUUCAUUGUCUAUCGAAGUUCCCUGAAGACAAUAGAGCGAAGGAGAUGAUAAGAAAGUUUAGAGACAUAUUUUCAACUACACUUUUUUCUAGUCGAGAGAAAUCAGAAACUAUUAAGGAGAGAACUGAAGUCAAAGCAGAUAGAGAUGAAGAGCUUAAUAAAACAAACAUUUCUGAUUCUGAUGAUGAUAAAGAUGAAGGAAUGAAUACAAAGUUGGUUGCAUUUUUAGCUGUUAAACCAUUACAACAGAAGUUUCCAGAGAAUGAAGAAACACAAGAAGAAGAUCAAGAUAUGAAUGUUUAUGACCGAAUAAAUUUGGGUUUUGAGAAUAAUAUUGGCGAGGAAACGAUUAGACAUCCGCAUAAUCCAGAAAGACAAAUAGAAUUUGAAGGCAUAAAUGUUGAUGACAAAAUAAAUUUGGCUUUAGAGGUGAAUAAUAUAGACGAGACUAUUGGAAAGAAGAAUUUAGAAGACAAUGUUGAGAGAAAAAAUCUUGUUAAGGGUGGUGAAAUGAUUGGUGGGGGAGAAUAUUAG